GCCGUCCCGGCCGAGCCGGGGCCCCGAAGUCGGAGCGGGAGCCGGGCGGGCCGCGGGGUCAUGGCGGGGCCGCGGGGCGCGCUGCUGGCCUGGUGCCGCCGUCAGUGCGAGGGCUACCGCGGCGUGGAGAUCCGCGACCUGAGCAGCUCCUUCCGGGACGGCCUGGCCUUCUGCGCCAUCCUGCACCGGCACCGGCCCGACCUGCUAGAUUUUGAUUCGCUUUCCAAGGACAAUGUCUUCGAGAAUAACCGUUUGGCCUUUGAAGUGGCUGAGAAGGAGCUGGGGAUCCCCGCUCUCCUGGACCCCAGUGACAUGGUCUCCAUGAGCGUCCCUGACUGCCUCAGCAUCAUGACCUAUGUGUCCCAGUAUUACAACCACUUCUCCAGUCCUGGCCAAGCUGGUGUCUCACCACCCAGAAAGGGCCUGGCACCCUGUUCCCCGCCAUCUGUAGCACCCACUUCAGCGGAACCAGAAGAUGUGGCUCAGGGCGAGGAGCUUUCCUCAGGCAGCCUGUCAGAGCAGGGCACCGGCCAGACCCCCAGCAGCACGUGCGCGGCCUGCCAGCAGCAUGUGCACUUGGUACAGCGCUACCUGGCUGACGGCAGGCUGUACCACCGCCACUGCUUCCGGUGUCGGCGGUGCUCCAGCACCCUGCUCCCUGGGGCUUAUGAGAAUGGGCCCGAGGAGGGCACCUUUGUGUGUGCAGAACACUGUGCCAGGCUGGGCCCGGGGACACGGUCAGGGACCAGGCCUGGGCCUUUCUCACAGCCAAAGCAGCAGCACCAGCAGCAACUCGCAGAAGAUGCCAAGGAUGUUCCAGGAGGCAGCCCCAGCUCCAGUGCUCCUGCAGGGGCUGAGGCCGAUGGACCCAAGGCCAGCCCUGAGGCCCGGCCCCAGAUCCCUACCAAACCCCGGGUUCCUGGCAAACCACAGGAGCUGGCUAGCACCCCUGCAGGCCGCCCCACCCCCGCCCCCAGGAAGGCCUCCGAGAGCAUCGCCCCAGCACCCCCCACGCCCCGGCCCCGCUCCAGUCUGCAGCAGGAGAACCUGGUGGAGCAGGCUGGCAGCAGCAGCCUCGUGAACGGAAGACUACACGAACCGCCUGUCCCUAAGCCAAGGGGGACACCGAAGCCAUCUGAGGGGAUACCAGCCCCCAGGAAGGACCCCCCAUGGAUCACGCUGGUGCAGGCGGAACCAAAGAAGAAGCCAGCCCCACUUCCCCCAAGCAGCAGCCCUGGGCCACCAAGCCAGGACAGCAGGCAGGUGGAGAAUGGAGGCACCGAGGAGGUAGCCCAGCCGAGCCCAGCGGCCAGCCUGGAGCCCAAACCCUAUAACCCUUUUGAGGAGGAGGAGGACGAGGAGGAAGAGGCUCCGGCUGCACCCAGCCUGGCCACCAGCCCUGCCCUGGGCCACCUGGAGUCCACACCUAAGUCCCUGCACCCCUGGUACGGCAUCACCCCUACCAGCAGCCCGAAGACAAAGAAGCGCCCUGCUCCCCGCGCUCCCAGCGCAUCCCCACUGGCUCUCCACGCCUCCCGCCUCUCGCACUCGGAGCCGCCCUCAGCCACACCAUCGCCAGCGCUCAGUGUGGAGAGCCUGUCAUCCGAGAGCUCCAGCCAGACUGCAGGUGGGGAGCUUCUGGAGCCGCCAGCUGUGCCCAAGAGCUCCUCAGAGCCUGCUGUCCAUGCCCCUGGCACCCCUGGAAACCCUGUCGGCCUCUCUACCAACUCCUCUCUGGCGUCCUCUGGAGAGCUAGUGGAGCCUAGAGUGGAACAAAUGCCUCAAGCCAGCCCUGGCCUUGCCCCCAGGACCAGGGGCAGCCCAGGUCCCCAGCCAGCCAAGCCCUGCAGUGGUGCCACCCCAACACCUCUCUUGUUGGUUGGAGACAGGAGCCCUGUGCCUUCCCCUGGAAGCUCGUCCCCACAGCUGCAGGUAAAGUCCUCCUGCAAGGAGAAUCCUUUUAACCGGAAGCCAUCGCCUGCAGCGUCCCCAGUCACAAAGAAGGCCACCAAGGGUUCCAAGCCUGUGAGGCCUCCUGCCCCAGGACACGGCUUCCCACUCAUCAAACGCAAGGUCCAAGCUGACCAGUACAUCCCUGAGGAGGACAUCCACGGAGAGAUGGACACCAUUGAGCGCCGGCUGGAUGCCCUGGAGCACCGUGGGGUGCUGCUGGAGGAGAAGCUGCGUGGCGGCCUGAAUGAGGGCCGUGAGGAUGACAUGCUGGUGGACUGGUUCAAGCUCAUCCACGAGAAGCACCUAUUGGUGCGGCGAGAGUCCGAGCUCAUCUAUGUCUUCAAGCAGCAGAACCUGGAGCAGCGCCAGGCUGAUGUCGAGUAUGAGCUCCGGUGCCUCCUCAAUAAGCCAGAAAAGGACUGGACGGAGGAGGACCGGGCCCGGGAGAAGGUGCUGAUGCAGGAGCUUGUGACCCUCAUUGAGCAGCGCAACGCUAUCGUCAACUGCCUGGAUGAGGACCGGCAGAGGGAGGAAGAGGAAGACAAGAUGUUGGAAGCCAUGAUCAAGAAGAAAGAGUUCCAGAGGGAGGCUGAACCCGAGGGCAAGAAGAAGGGGAAGUUCAAGACCAUGAAGAUGUUGAAACUGCUAGGAAACAAACGUGAUGCCAAGAGCAAGUCCCCCAGAGACAAGAGCUAACAGCACGAGAAGCCAGUUGGGGACUGCCCCCUCCUGGACCAGCUCCUGGGCUGUGCUCUGUUUGAAGGGGGCCCUGCUCCCCUCAGAUCAGUCAGGAGGAAGAUGACUAAGGGGAGGGAUCCUCUGGGUGAUGGCCUCUUCCUUCUCAGGGGCCUCUGACUGCUCUGGGCCAAAGAGUCUCUUCUUUCUUCUCCGAGCCCCAGGCAGCGGUGACUUGGCCCUGCCCAACCUGAUUCUGAUGACUGCAGAUGCUGCAGUCCCAAGGGGCAAAUAGGGUCCCAGGGUCCAGGGAGGGGCACCUGCUGAGCACAUCCGCCCCCUCACCCUGCCCAGCCCCUGCCAUGAGCUCUGGCCUGGGUCUCCACCUCCAGGGUCCUGCUCUUCCAGGCAGGCCAGGAAGUGGCGCUGGGCCACACUGGCUUCUUCCUGCCCCAGCCCUGGCUCUGAGUCUCUGUCUUCCUGUCCUGGGCAGGCGCCCCUGGAUCUCAGUUUCCCUCACUCAGGAGCUCUGUUUCUGAAGUCUCCAGUUAAGUUUGAGUUUAUGACUGAGAGGCCUGUACUGUCAGACGUGAAUGGGCCUGACGGGCAAAUCCAUCCCUCUCUCCCUCACAGUUCCAGGAGCAGCUUCCCUCGUCUCCCCUUACUCCACAGGGAGCCUCCCUUGCCAGGACCAGGGCUGCAGUGGCCAUGCUGGGGCAGGUGGGUGCCCUGUUGGCUGCUCUCAGUGCUGCCCCCAGGCUGCAGUUCCGGUCCCUGGUUGUCAGGUAGGAAGAGGGUGCACUCGAAGCACGUGCUCAUCUCGUUUCCUUAAUGUCUGUAGUCUGACCCCUCAUUUAGGCUUUCCUCCGCCACCCCGGUCCAGGGGAGAGGCUCGCUCCCGCCCGUGGUCAUCACCGGUCUGUCUCCCCUGUUGUCUGUUCUCUCCCUGACUCCCUCCCACCGAAGGCCUGGUGGCCACUCGCCCCUCUGGGAUAGCUAUGGGAGAGGAGGAGCGAUGGGGGCCACCACAGGAAAUGUGCCCAGCAGCUCUUGGUCAAAGCACUGUUGCUAUAAGCUAUCUCUGGGACGCCUCUAGGCCCCCUUCCCUCUACACACCUCUGGGAAAAGAUCACACUGUAUUAACUCUCGAGGAGUUUCCUCGCCAAUAAACAGACAACCUCAGCUGCCAGUGCCCUGCCGCCUCUGGCCACAGCGGCAGCCUCGUCUGCCCUCCUGCCUGCCUCUGCCACAGCUGGUGGCUGAGCAUCUCUGGUCGCCCAGAGGCCAUGUUGGGGCCAUCCUCCAAGAGGGAUCUCUGCCCUCACUGCCUGCCACUGGGCAGGAUCCCUUUCCUCUGCAGGGAGAGGUGGCUCCUCGGCCAGCAGCCCCUGGCAGGCUGCUUCUAAACACGCGUGUUGGCCUGGAGCUGGAGCCACCAACUCCAGGGCCUUUCCAGGGCCAGACAGGUAACACGCAUGAACCCAAGUGACAGCUCCGACGGGCUCUUUCGGUGUCAGGAGACUAAGCUGGCAGGGGCAGGGGUGAACUGGAGGCAGUUGGAGGGGCUGCCUUCCUCACUCAAGUCACCUGUGGCCUGUGGGGCUGAAUGAGGGCCCGGUGUUGCCAGAUCCUUUGUUUGUCAUAAGAAGCUAGAAA